UAGUGUUGUGCAGGUCAUGUCCUUAUCGCAACUCUUCUCCUAUGGUGGGUUGAAUUGAAUCCCGCGCGAAGCAAAUUCGGAUCUUUUUUCUCUUGUUGAGGUUAGAAUGCUCUCAUGGAUAUGCAUUAGUUACUCGCUAUUGUCUAUUGUCCAUCAAUUAUCAACGCGGAUAGGCUGAUUAGAAAUGCAUAAACAUGAUUCAAGGAAAAUUGAUGUGCGCCACGAUGAGAUAAUAACAGAAUCAUCAAGCGAAGACGGCGUGAUGGGCGGAUGCACUCGGCGAUGAUACGGCAAAUUUGCAAUCGCAUUAAAUCUAACAGUGUGAAUCAUGCACGGGUGUGAAGAUGAGCGGUGCAAAACACAAAAUUUGCAUGGUCUCGGAUUUCUUUUAUCCAAACAUGGGCGGCGUAGAAGAGCAUAUCUUCAAUCUUUCUCAAUGUCUUCUGGAGCACGGGCACAAGGUGGUAAUACUCACCCAUUCCUAUGAAGAUAGAGUAGGAAUAAGAUAUAUGACAAACGGUCUGAAAGUAUAUUAUAUCCCUGUCAAGGUUUUCUAUAACCAAUGUGUUCUUCCAACGAUGGUAUGCUCUCUUCCACUCAUUAGGUAUAUCUUCUUAAGAGAGGAGAUACAGAUAAUACACGGCCAUUCUGCAUUCUCUGCUUUAGCCCACGAGGGGAUGUUGAUCGGUAGAUUAAUGGGACUAAAAACUGUUUUCACGGAUCAUUCUCUUUUUGGUUUUGCGGACGCGUCCGCUAUUCUGACAAAUAAAUUUCUCGAAAUAUCGCUAGUUGAUUGCGAUCAUUGCAUAUGUGUGUCUCAUACUGGAAAGGAAAAUACAGUAUUACGAGCCAAAGUGCAAAAGGAGAAAGUAUCAGUUAUUCCAAAUGCAGUUGAUACUACAUUAUUUACACCUGAUAUCAGUAAACGGAACAACGAUUUUAUUACCAUAGUAAUAAUAUCGCGAUUAGUGUAUAGGAAGGGCGUUGACCUUCUAGCCCAUAUAAUACCCGAGAUCUGUUUACGUCAUAAAAAUGUACAAUUCUUAAUUGGCGGAGACGGUCCGAAAAGAUGGCUGAUAGAAGAGGUGCGGGAAAGAAAUCUGUUGCAACAUAGAGUAACUUUAUUAGGCAGUCUGGAACACUCUCAAGUCAGACAUGUUCUGAAUAAGGGUCAUAUUUUCCUAAAUACGAGCUUGACAGAGGCUUACUGUAUGGCUAUUGUAGAAGCAGCCUCUUGUGGUCUGCAAGUAGUGUCAACGAAAGUUGGAGGUAUUCCGGAAGUUUUGCCGCCGGAUCUGAUUUACCUCGUGGAACCUACUGUACCUGCAUUAAUUGAAGGAUUGGAGAUGGCUAUAAUGGACUACAAAAAGGGCAAUAUCGGAUACCCUUUCGAGACACAUAGAAGAAUAGGUUUAUAUUAUAAUUGGUUCAACAUUACCAAACGUACGGAAAUAGUAUAUAAUUUAGUAAAACGUGAAGCAAACAGAAAUCUAGGACAACGAUUAGCUAGUCAAAUACAAAGCGGUGUAUUGGCCUACUUGCUUGUAGUGUCAUUGUGCUAUAUAAUACUACAAAUUCUGGAAUUUCUCGUCCCAAGAAAGCGUAUAGAAGAAGUCUAUGUCGACGAUAACGAGAUCCACAUAUGCAGUAAUCAGUGCUACCAGGAUUUCAUCCAGGAUAUCAAUGCUGAUAUCUGGUGCGAUAUCUUGAGGAAGUAGUAAUACACAUUAUGAACAUUACCUUUAAUCGCUAUUGUGUUGUUUCUAUAUGAAACCGAAAGUUUCUAAUGAAGAAUACUGUGCUGAGUCAAAAGUCACUAGUUUUAUUUCAUAUAAUUAUCCUCAUAAUAUCAGGAAAAUAACGCUCUGAAUCGCUUUUUUCCUCAUCCAUCAUUCCAGAAUAUAAUACAAGUAACCAUUCUGUUAUUGCAUUUCCUUCACGUAUAUGAUAAUUAUAUGUUCUGCUUAAAGUAUCAUUACUGCAAUACUAUGACGGCGAAGAAGUAUUAAAGAGUGAGGGAAGAUUCUUCGUGCUUGAAAUGCACCUUAAAUCAUUUGCAAAAUGUAUUACGAGUAAUAUAAAGUAAAUCUCUUUUCUCGACGUGUGUCUGCGAUGAAGCGAAAAUCCAUAGGAUUCAAUAAGGACAAAUACUGACGCACCGUAUAUUCAGUACUUGACGUAGAAGUGAUGAUUUUCGCGAUCUCAAACACGUUCUAUAAUGUUGCUUUCUUUGUCAUUGAACACCUUUACAUACACAUAUUGCUAUUGACUGCCAUAUAUCCGCAUGAACAAUUAUCGGUCGGCAUACUUUUUUCUCCUUUUUUUUCUUGUGUAUUUUAAGUGACGAUGGCGAGAUGAAAUGUUAUAAAAGUUUCCAACCUUAGUUGUGUACAUAGGAAAAAGUAAGUCCAUCUUCUUUCAUGCGAAAUAUUCUUUGAGUAAUAUGUACAAUGGAGUUUUUGUGUGUAAUGUAAGAAAAUAACGCCACGCUCAGCCGGUUCUAAAUAAAGAUCACUAUUGACGAUCAACUUUGAAGGGAUGAGCUUCUUUCUUCGUGUGUUGGAUUGUAAAAAGUCUUCAUAUGCUUUAAGAGGUACCCGCAUUGGGUUCCUCAGCACCGGUUUGGCAUG